AAAACCUUUAUACUAACCCUUUGUAAAAACUAAGCCUUACUCGCCUUGUUAUUAUUAAACCCCCAAAUCCCAUUAAUUACGAGUAUUACUUGAUUGAUGAUUACUCAGGUUUCCGAGAGAGCUAUGAUGUUGGGCAGUCGAUCGAUGAGCUUCUUCGCGACCCUUUUGUUGUUGUUGUUAGGGAUGUUUUUAUUAUCGGAAUCUACAAACUUGAUUGGUCUUGGAAGUUAUGACAUUACAGGACCUGCUGCAGAUGUUAAUAUGAUGGGUUAUGCAAAUAUGGAACAAACCACCUCCGGUAUUCAUUUCCGGCUCAGAGCUCGUACAUUUAUUGUCGCAGAACCUGACGGAGGGAACUCCGUUGUAUUCGUGAACCUUGAUGCUUGUAUGGCCUCACAGCUUGUUACAAUUAAAGUAAUUGAAAGAUUGAAGGCAAGGUAUGGUGAGCUAUAUACCGAGGAGAACGUUGCCAUCAGCGGGAUUCACACUCAUGCUGGCCCUGGAGGAUAUCUUCAAUAUGUUGUAUAUAUUAUAACGUCUCUUGGUUUUGUACGACAAUCUUUUGAUGUCCUUGUGGAUGGCAUUGAGAAAAGCAUUAUACAAGCUCAUGAGAAUCUUCGGCCAGGUUCUGUCUUUAUAAAUAAAGGAGAGCUCUUAGAUGCCAGUAUAAAUCGUAGCCCCAGUGCUUAUCUCAAUAAUCCAGAAGAAGAAAGAAGACACUAUAAAUAUGACACUGAUAAAGAGAUGACCCUCUUGAAGUUUGUAGAUGAUGAGUGGGGUCCUGUGGGAACCUUUAAUUGGUUUUCCACUCAUGGAACGUCUAUGAGCCGUACAAAUUCGCUUAUUAGCGGUGACAAUAAAGGUGCAGCUGCAAGAUUUAUGGAGGAUUGGUAUAACACAAAUGCCAUGCACAAAGGAUUUGAAAGCCAAUCACUAAUCAAACCUGGAGCUUAUAAAGUGCCUCGAAGAAUCUCAAGCAUAAUUACAGACAUCCAUGAACACCGUAAAGAGUUGAUGGAAAUUGCUUCAACUUUCCAGUCAUCUCCAGGAAGACUUGUUAUAAGAACUUUAAGUGUUACAAAACGUCGGAGGAGUAGCUUUAGGCAGGCUGAAAGGCCUCAAUUCAUCUCUGCAUUUUGUCAGUCAAAUUGUGGUGACGUAAGCCCAAAUGUGCUUGGAACAUUUUGCAUAGAUACUGGCUUGCCAUGUGAUUUUAAUCAUAGUACCUGCAACGGUCAAAAUGAGCUGUGCUACGGUCGUGGUCCAGGUUACCCGGAUGAGUUUGAGAGUACCCGCCUGAUUGGUGAACGACAAUUUAAAAAAGCCGUGGAGUUGUUCCAACGUGCAUCUGAACAACUGGAUAAUAAAGUUAGGUACCGACACACAUAUAUUGAUUUUUCUAACCUUACAGUUAAAUCUUUACAAGAUAAUGAGUCAGUCAGAACAUGCCCUGCUGCAAUGGGCUUCUCUUUUGCUGCUGGAACUACUGAUGGGCCCGGAGCAUUUGACUUUAAGCAGGGAGAUGACCAGGGUAAUGCCUUUUGGAAGCUUGUUGGAGGUUUUUUAAAAAAGCCUAAUGAGGAGCAGAUCAAUUGUCAGUAUCCAAAACCCAUUCUAAUUGACACUGGUGAAAUGCAUGAACCAUAUGAUUGGGCGCCAUCCAUACUCCCCAUUCAGAUUUUUCAAAUCGGACAACUUGUUAUUCUCAACGUCCCAGGAGAAUUCACAACUAUGGCAGGGAGGCGCCUUCGUGAGUCAGUCAAGGAAAUCCUGACAUCUGGAGGAAAAGAAGUGUUAGAUGGUAAUGUCCAUGUUGUAAUUGCAGGACUUACAAAUACUUAUUCACAAUAUGUGACUACAUUUGAAGAAUAUCAGAUUCAGAGAUAUGAGGGAGCUUCGACUCUCUAUGGUCCGCAUACCCUCAAUGGAUACAUUCAAGAAUUUAAUAAAUUAGCGUAUUCUCUCAUCAGUGACCAAAAAGUCGUACCAGGCCCACAACCACCUGACCUACUUAACAAGCAAAUUAGCCUUCUGACUCCAGUUGUCAUGGAUGCAACCCCUCUUGGUUCGAGUUUUGGCGAUUGUAAAACAGAUGUCCCCCCUGACUCACUUUUCAAACGGGGCGACGUUGUUACAGCAACUUUCUGGUCUGCAUGCCCGAGGAAUGACCUUAUGACGGAAGGCACAUAUGCACUGGUAGAGCUUUUACAGUCUGACAAUAGCUGGGAACCAUCCUAUGAUGACGAUGACUGGUGUCUGAAAUUUAAAUGGUCAAGACCUUCGAAGCUUAGUACCCGAAGCUAUGCCACUAUAGAAUGGCAGAUACCUGAUGAGGCUAUUUCAGGUGUUUACAGAAUAACACAUUUUGGUGCUUCAAAAACGCUUUUUGGUUCAGUCAACCAUUUCACUGGUUCAUCUGCUGCUUUUGUUGUAGCAUAAGAAAUGAGCUAUUGACCUAUUGUAGUCUAUGCUUUGUUGUAUAUGAAUGAGACCACAAAGCUUAUAUCACUGCCACGAAGCUUAUAUUACUAGAUAGUGUAGAUUUUUCAAUAAUUUUCAAAUUAUGUUUCGGUUUC